UCCAGAAGCGCAGAAAUACUGAUGGAAAGCAACGUGCGGGCUCUGGCUGCGGAGAAGCCUCCGUGGGAUGCGGGGAGGCAGCCGUCGGGCAAGAUCCUCUCGCUGGACAGGCACGGAGCCAAGAAAGUGCUGGAGAUCUACGUCAGCCGCUCGCUGAGCUGCUGUGAAAACUCACUGAUGGCCAAAAAAACGCUUCAGAAGAGAGCCGGACGGCGAGGGAGGAAGGCAGAUGGGCUGCAACGGUCGAAAAGUGACUUCUGUGAGUAUUCGUGUGGCAAACCUGGCCCCAAGAAGGACCAGGAGGAGCGACCCAAAGUACCGGACCUGGAUGAGGCUCUGGAUGAUGAGAGCAAACCUCCCGGGGAGGUCCCUAAAGAGGAGCCAGAGCCCAAGAGGAAAAGCACAAAAAACUCUUUCCAGGGCAAAACCCAACGCACCUGGUUCAAAAGUUUCUUAAAUAUCCUCAUCAAGAAGAGCCCUGAGGAGCAGAAGGAAAAUGCAGGGCAAAAAGCAAAGGAAAAAGAUGCCAAAGCUCUUCACAGCUCCAAACCAGAAGGGAGUAAAAGACCCAGAGGGGACUUGAGCACAUCCCCACCGCUGGGCAGAGCCCUGAAGAAGAGACCCAGCCUCAAGAAGGUUUUCUCCUUCAAGAAGCAUGCGGAGGAGGAGCGGGGAGAGGCAGCAGCCGGGGUCAGGACCAAGCGACCUGGCUGCCUUCCACUGCGGCACAUCCAGGCACCGGCCAUGCCAGCAGAUGUGGAGCAGCCCGAUGGUUACUACGCACAAGUCUCGGAAGAGAUUGGGCUGAUCGUGCAGGGCAGCGAGAACCAGGGGAGCAGAGCGUGUGUCUGCAGGGAGCCACCACGGCCGACCAGUGCUGAUGGGGUUGACGAAGCCAUCAGGAGAAUCGUCGCCCUUCUCCAGAGUGCGGGAGAUGAGCUGGACAGGCAGGUGAAAGAAGACGCACGGCUACGGAUGUUCUUCAAAGACAUGUCCUACAGCUCCUUCAAGAACUUGGCCGAUGCCUAUGUCCACAAGGAAAUGACGGCCAGCAGACCCGACAUCAACCCCCAAGAGAUCCAGUUUGCCUUCACAGUGCACCUCACCGCCAAGGUGGCGGGCAUCUGCAACCAGGCAGUGAACAGGAUCAUGGGCUUCGGCAACCGCUACCUGGAAGAUUCGUUUGCACCCUUGUCCUACAGCAAAAUUCUGCAGCAGAACAAAGAAAAGUUCAGCACAGACAUCUGCGAGAGCCCAGACUGACAUCGGCUUCUCCAAAGGGCCUGUGGUGCCCGGGAACCCAAGGAUGCGGAUUUACUGAUGGGGGGGACAGUCCCUGUUGGUGACCUGGAUGUGGGGUGAUUUUCUGAGCUGUGGAUUUAAAAUCUUCUAAGGAAAACUACAGCAAUAGCCAGAGCAGCAUGAAAUGCUUAAAACCCACCUGGCUCGGGGCAAAGAGUCUAAAUCAAACAAAACCUAAAUUUUGGAAAUUGCCCUGUAUUUGUGUUUUAGCUCCCACCAAGUGCAUAUGUUGACCCUCAUGGUUUCUUUGUGUUUGUGUAUGUGUAUUUAUUUACCUGCUUUUCUAUACAUAUCUGUGGAUGUACAACAUAAUUUUUGUAGCUUCUGCUGUCGGCCAAGCGUCCGGUUCAGGAAAAAAAAAUUAAAACUCAA